CAUGCUCCUCUCCUCCACAGUUCACAGUGUGCCUGCGGUGCAAGGGGCAGACCAUUUACCAGCAGGUUUUGUCCAUGGAGAGACCCAGCAGCCUGCAGGGCUGGAACUGGGGCUACUGCGGCCACUACGCCUUUUACCAUGCCCUGUACCCCCGCGCCUGGCUGGUCUACGAGCUGCCGGGGCAGCAGGUGGUGCUCACCUGCCGGCAGGUCUCUCCCGUCAUCCCCCAUGACUAUAAGGACUCCAGCUUGCCAGUGGGAGUGUUCAUCUGGGAGGUGGAGAACAGGAGGGAUGAGGACGUGGAAGUGUCCAUCAUGUUCAGCCUGCAGAACGGCAUGGGAACGAAAGAAGAUGGGAGCGGCGGGCACUGGAACGAGCCCUUCACCUUCCAGAAGGAUGGCGAGCGGGUUGCUGGGGUCCUGCUGCACCACUGCCCGGCCGUGAACCCCUUCACCCUGGCCAUCUCUGCCCGGGAGAAGGCUGGCACGGGAGUCACCCAUGUUACGGCAUUCAAUCCCACGGGAUUGGGUAGAGAGGUGUGGCAGGACCUCCUGCAGGAUGGCAGGCUGGAUUCACCCGCUGGUAAAAGCAGGCCGACAGAGAAGGGGGAGGUGACAGCAGCAGCAGUGUGUGCCAGCUGUAGGGUGCCUGCCCAUGGGCACAAGACGCUAGAGAUGGCCCUGGCUUGGGACAUGCCCUGUGUCCACUUUGGCUCCAAGGAGAAGCUGCAUGUCAGGCGGUACACCCGGUUUUUUGGCAGCAAAGGUGAUGCUGCUCCUACCCUGUCCCAUUACGCCCUGACACACUACGAGGAGUGGGAGAGGAAGAUUGAAGCAUGGCAGAAUCCCAUCCUGGAGAACAGCCAGCUGCCUGCCUGGUACAAGUCAGCCCUCUUCAAUGAGCUCUACUUCAUGACGGAUGGAGGGACCAUCUGGGUGGAGGUGCCCCCUGAUUGCUGUGCCGAGGACCUGCAGGGGCCGGCGGGGGCGGGGCUCUCCCACCUCCUCCCUGUCCUGCGGGAGUACGGGAGAUUUGCUUAUUUGGAAGGCCAGGAGUACCGGAUGUACAACACCUACGAUGUCCAUUUCUACGCCUCCUUCGCUCUCAUCAUGCUGUGGCCCAAGCUGCAGAUCAGCCUGCAGUAUGACAUUGGAUGAAGACUGACUGAUGACUAAAGUCAACCAUCCCAUGACUUUCCCACAGCAUGCCUAAGUGAGGCCCCUCUAGCUCUCCUGGACCACUGCCGGGGCUGUGCCAUCCUGCCAAGUGCAUGGCUGACGGGGUGUGAACAGCCCGUAGCAAGUGCAGUAUGACUGCUGCCAGCCUGGAUCUACAAUUAAGUCUCAGCUGUAAUUGUGGUAAACCCUCCCAAAUCACCUUAUAAAUGUUAAAUUAGUCAAUAGUUAAGUGCUGCCACAUCCUUUAGACAGAAACCAUUGAGCAGGUCUGAGACUUAGAGCAGAAUCAGCCCUAGCUCCGAUCCAUCAGUAGUUUAGAAAGCAGUGGGUACCUCCCUGAAAUUUAUGAUUAAUUUAAAGGGUAUCACUUCUCCUUUUCCAUCUCCAGCCUCCAUGUAAAUCAUUCUAAAUUGAUUCUAACCCAUUUUUUCCUCCUUAUGUUUUACCCCUGCACAAAGCAAUCAAGUGAACUUUGGAGCUUUGCUAAGUCCUGCUGUUGCAAACAGGUAUUAAACCUCCUUUUGCCCACAGGGCACCUGUGCAGUGCAGGGACGGGGGGCUCA